AUGCUCCUUACCAAAUACGCUCGUCAAGGCCCAAAACGCGAAGUCACGACGGUAAAGCGACAUCAAGGGCGGAGCUUUUCGUUUUCAUGUUUGCGAUCAGACGAGGCGAUUUUCAAUGGACAAGCGAGACUAGUUGCUGAGCAAGAAGAUAAUGGAAAUCUUGUGUACACGAUUUCCGCUGUAUCAAAAUCUGACGAGGGCGAGUAUUGGUGUAGUUCCGCUCCAGAACGCGUGUUUCUCCUCAAACUCCGCCGCACACACAGAAAUAAACAAUAA